UGAACAGAGGGGCACAGAAGCGGGAGCUGCUGACGGAACCCUUUGUGUGUGCAAGCACAGAACGUGGUGGGGAAAGUGCGGCCGAGAAGCUGGGUUACUGAGUGGGGACUGAGGGAUUUAGUUCCAUGGCGGCGUUCGGGUCAGCGGUCCCGACGCCUCCCGCCUCUGCGCAUGCGCGCGUCGAGUCGUCCCAGUGUCGCGUCCAGUUUGCUGGGCGUUUGGCCCUUUACAGAUAGGCGCUUACUGGGCGCUCGCUGUGAGACAGAGUAUGUUGGAUAAAGGACAUUGUUGUGGUAGUAACUGGAGAGAACAUGGAAACAAUGAAAAGUAUCAUUCAGAAGUAUCAGCAUAAAGGCAUCUCACUAGUGGAAGCUGGAGCGACACGCCACAGGUCAAUUUUCAAUGGACUAAAAGCACUGGCAGGGGACCAGGCUUACUGCAGACUCUCCAGACCAGAAGUUGUGAUCAUCCAUGAUGCUGUUAGACCAUUUUUUGAGGAAGAUGACCUCCUCAAAGUUGUCAGAGCUGCAAGGGAACAUGGGGCAGCAGGAGCAACUCGACCUCUGGUAUCUACUGUCAUCAGUCCCUCCACUGAAGGUUGUUUAGACCACUCAUUGGAACGUGCCAGAUACAGAGCAAGUGAAAUGCCACAGGCUUUUCUGUUUGAUGUGAUCUAUGAAGCCUAUCAGCAGUGUAGUGGCUAUGACUUGGAGUUUGGAACUGAGUGUUUGCAGUUGGCUCUAAAAUACUGUCAUGCGAACGCCAAACUUGUAGAAGGAUCCCCUGAUCUCUGGAAGGUGACCUACAAACGAGAUCUGUAUGCAGCUGAAUCGAUUAUUAAGGAGAGAAUUUCACAAAAGAUUUGCAUAGUUAUGGAUAUGAAAGAAGAAAAAGAACAUGCAGGUUAUCUUCUUGAAACAGUGCUAAAAAAUGAAUUAAAUCAUGUAAAAGUCACAUCUGUGGUUCCAUGUCACGAUGGCAGCAAUAUUCAGCACAUCAUCUUAGAACAGUGCUACAGUUUUGUUUGUAUGAAUGUUAUGACAACUGAUUUUCAAAACACCCAGAAACUACUGGGCAUGCUUGAGGAAAGCAACCUUUCCGUUUUAUAUCCUGUAGUUGUUGUUUCGGUGCAUUUUCUUGAUUUUGAACUAGGACCUCUCAGUCAGAAAAUGGAAAGCCUAAUGUGGAUUAGAAAAUUUGCAGUAGAAGUAAAGAAAAGAAAUAUUUUAUUAUGUGGCCUAAUAAUAAAUUACUCACAGGAUGAACAAAAGCUACAGGAGAGCUUAAGGCAAGGGGCCGUCAUCAUUGCUGCCUUAAUUAAAGAAAGAAAUUCUGCACUCCUUGGCCAGCUGCUGGUAGCAUGAAGAACACAGACAGAAAAUCACCUUCUGGGCUUCUGAAAACAUUUGCCUAAGUCUCUAUUGCAUUUCCUUCCCCACCCCACUCCCUCUUAUAUGUGGGAAAAUGUUAAAGUUGUUUUCUAUAUCUUAUAAUUAUACGAUGUGAUGCUUAGAUAAUAAGAGUAGAUCAAUGUUUGUGUCUGUUAAAUUGGCUAUGUCAAAUAAAUUGCCUGAAUGAGAAGAGUAAGGAAGUGGACAAUAACGGCCUUCACAUAAAGAAUCUUUUCACAAAGCUGAAAAGUCAAAUUGAGAUAAUAAUGGUGAGCUAUUCCUUCAAGGAAUGAAAAUUUAGAAAACAUCAGCGAUUAUCUUAACUCUAAUAAAUCAUAUUAUAAUAAGCUAAUGGAUAAGGUUCUAAAAUUGUUUUUCUCUUGUACUGGAAUUCUCCAUUUCUUAAAAGUAAAAUAGGUAACAGAAAAUGGAACUGCUUCAGAUAUUCUUACCAUUUGCCUCUUACUUCCCUAGAUCCCUAAAGGAGAUGUAAUCUUGUGCUUUUCUAUUAUUUUUAAAUUUUAUGCUUCCUUUGGUUUAUGAAACGUAAUUUUGACUUACAUUGUUUUAAAGAGUCUAAUUUUUCUAAAUAAGUUUAAAAGAACCCUAGAGAGCUUCAUAAGGAUUUAGUUAUUUGGUCAGGUCCUGCUUACGGUCUUCUUUGAGGCCUGAAAUCCAUAGUUAAACAACUCCUGUUGUAGAUACCGCUCCCUUAUCAAAUCCAGUUCUUUUUCUUUUCCAAUUUCCAUUGACACAUGCAUUUUAAAUAUGAAUAUUUACCUUACAUUUAAAUAUUACUUGUAUUUAGUCAUUAAAGAUGACCUUAUUCUGUAAGUACAUUUAUUUUAUAAAAUAGAUUAGAUUACAUCACUCAAGGGCUUAGCCUGUUUGUGGAAUUUGUAAAAGUUGCAUCAAUUGUUUUCAUUUAAAGAUGGGCAAUAUAAUAUCUAUCUGUAGAAUAAUUCUUUAACAUGUUAGAUGAUUUUUCUCUAUAUUUCUCAAGUACCAGUAUAAUAGAGUUUAUAUUUUACAUUUAAGAAAAAUGUAGCAUAUAAUGGGUAUGGAAUAAUGGUUGCAAUUCAUUCUCCUAAGUGAGAUGGGUUCUUUGAAGAUAGGCUUGGAUCUAACUUCCUUGCUCCACCACUGUUUCUCUCUCUAGGGAUGUUAGGAAACAUAAAUCAGUUAAGUCAAAUUCUUGAGGUUGAAAGGAUGUGGGCAAUAUGUAGAUUUUGCUUAGAAUGUCUGCCUCUCUGUUGAGGUGGGCAGCUGCUUGGUAGAAGGCAUUCGGGCAAAUUCCACACACUGUGCUUGUUGAAGUCUUUAGGCAAAAAUGUUGUAAGACUUUGAAAGUGCUCACAAAAGCGGAAGGGGAAAUGUUACUAAGGUCUUAAAGAGAGGGUAAGUGGCUUAGGAAGAAGGCAGGAAACUCAGCAGAACAAAGUCACUGUCCUUCAUCUUUGAGAUGUUAGCUGGGUCAGCAUAGAUUUCAGGUUAAUAAGGGUGUAUUAUAGUGGACAGGAAUUCAUCCUGGCACAGUUAAUUGAAAACAAGAGGAAGAAGAAAAUGAAGCCAAAGAGGAGGAGAAGGAGGAGGAGGAAAAAGACCCUCACAGUCUUCACUGUUUAGAUGAGGAACCUAGGACUCUGGGGUUGUAUUUAACCUUGCCCAAGGUCAUGGGGCUGUAUUGUAGCAAGAGGCAGGGCUUAACCUCAGGAAGACUUUAUCCCUGUAUAACAAUGACUUCUAGCCAAGGCAUCCAAAAGAGAAGCUGUGAAAUGGAAACCAGAAGCUAGAAGAAAACACGGAGGAAUGGACCAAGAGGAAAGGGGAAUGAGUCCAGUGACCAAUGAAAAUCCCAAAGCUGCUGACUUUCUAGCCACCUGUCCAACAUGCAAAAACUAUGGGCAGAGGUUAAGGAAAUGGAGAAGUUCAUUGGCCAAGAGAUAAAGAUAGAUUAUUUUAUUGUUUGUAAGAGAUCCAGCAGUAACCUUACACUUACACUUUUAAUCACUGCUUUGCAAAUUUAAUGACUUUAAUAAAAACUGUUCAUUGUCACUGUA